CACCGGCCGUGGCCCUCAGUACCACGUCCACAUGUUCCUUGAGCAGAUGGUGCCGUCCCCAAACUGCCCUCGUGCUGAUCCAGAUUGCAGGGUCCCACCUGCACCCCACGGAUGCAGCUGCGGGGUCACACAGAGCAGCAGGACGCACCCAGGGCGCUGCGGGGCUCAGCAGUGACGCGGUGACAGCUGCAGCAGCAGCCACCUCCAGGCCAUCUCUGCGGGGUCACCUGAGGAUGUGACCCACUGCCACCCGCACAGCGGUGUCCCUCACCGAGCCCCACGUGGGACAUCCCGCUCCUGCAUCCCCAGGGAGGGUGGGUGAUGGUGGCACCAUCCGUGGGGUGACAUGUCCCCAAGUGCCGGGCAAUGCCCGGUGUGCGCGGUGCCUGCUGCCCAGUGAGUGGUGUCCGGUGCACAGUGCCCGGUGCGUGGUACCCAGUGCCCGGUGCAUGGCACCCAGUGCUCGGUGCAUGGUACCCAGUGCCCAGUGCAUGGUACUCGGUGCAUGGUGCGUGGUUCCUGGUGCAUGGUACUCAAUGCAUGGUGCGUGGUUCCUGGUGCUCAGUGCAUUGUACCCAAUGCAUGGUGCGUGGUUCCUGGUGCUCAGUGCAUGGUACCCAAUGCAUGGUGCGUGGUUCCUGGUGCAUGGUACCCAAUGCAUGGCACAUAUUACCCGGUGCUCAGUGCAUGGUACCUGGUGCUCAGUGCAUGGUACUCGGUGCAAGGUGCGUGGUUCCCGGUGCAUGGUGCAUGGUACCCAAUGCAUGGUGCGUGGUUCCCGGUGCUCAGUGCAUGGUACCAGGUGCUCAGUUAUGGUACCCGGUGCAAGGUGCGCGGUCCCCCGUGCCCGUUCCCACGCGGCGCUGCGUGGCCGUGCCGGAUGGGGAGCGCUCGGUGUGGCUGCGCAGGAGGCGUUUCCCAGCCCCACGCUGGCCAGGGGCCAGGCUCCCAAAUGAGCCUCCUUGCACCACACCGCGCUGGGAGCUCCCACUCACACCUCCCUGGUAUAAAACCCCGCAGCAGCGCAGCGCGCGCACAGCCGGGACAGCCCUCGCAGCAGGUAAGUGGCCCGGCCCAAGCGGGGGGUUUCCCCAUGCCCAGGGGUCCUCCACCCCCCCGCUCCCACGCUCGGCUCUGCCACGACUUGCAGGGACGCUCCCACCCCCGGGACGUGUCCCGGCAGCUCGGCGCAUCCCAGGGCGUCUUCCUCGCCCCGACGCUGAAGGAGGGGAACGCUCCCCUGCAGCCAACGCUGAUCGCGGCUCUCUCCCCCCGGCAGCGCCCCACAACCCCCCCGAGCAGAGGGACUGCAGACCCCCCAGGAGCAGCAUGGGCCAGUGCAACUGCCGCAAGAAGCGCAAGGACAGCCAGGAGCUCACCGACGUGGAGCGCGCCAUCGAGACCGUCAUCAACCAGUUCCACUGCUACGCUGUGAAAGGGCAGAAGGAGUACCUGACCCCCAACGAGAUGCGGGAGCUGGUGGUGCAGAAGCUGCCCCACUUGGGGAAGUGCGUUGGACCCCUGGAUGAGAAGAUCGAGUGCAUGGGAGACCCCGACGAGGCCAAGCUGGAAUUUGGGGAGUACUGGGACAUGAUGGGGGAUGCGGCCAAGGGCUGCAGGAGGAAGUAGGGCCGGGGGGGGUGGGAAGGCGCCGCUUCGGCCCCGCGCCGCGAGGAGCUCCUCGGCCCCGCAGCGCCGCAGCGAGAGGGACUUUGCUCCUUUCCCCCAAACCCCCUCCGAUGUGGGGCUCCGGAACAGCCCUGAUGGUGCCGUCAAUGGUUCGGGGGUGUUUUCUGCCCCCCUCCAUCCCGGGGGCCGCGAUCCCUGCACGGGUUUGGGGUCCCGGUGCCCCCGCUGACGGCUGCGCUCGGGGUGGGCCGGUGGCGGGAUGUCAGCUGCUUGCGGCACGUGCGACUGUUUUUGUAUAAAUUAAUAAAGGAAAAAUGGAACAAAACAACAGCUGGGAUGGGGCGGCCUUGUUCUGUGACAGGAAAAAGGGAGCGGGGGGGACGGGGCUGAGCACGGCUCGCUGCCGGGCUGUGUGUCCCACCGCAGAGCAUGAGGGUGCACGGUGCAGCGGGGGCUGCGCACGUGCAUUGGGUGCUGCCAGCGUGCGUGCAAUGCUGCAGGUGUGCACGGCACUGCAGGUGUGCACAGGGCGGCGUGGGGUGAGCGUGCACGGGGUGCUGCGUGGUGCUGCGCUGCACGGUGCCCACGUCUGUGGUUCCCACACACUGGGGACCCCACGGGCACAGCAGCACCCCCCGGGAUGUGGGUGUGUGGCUCCGCGGUGCUCGCGCGCUGGGUUGGGGGAGCCCCGAAAUUUCUGGGUUUGGAAAGGGGUGGGGUCAGCGGACAGGAUCUGGGAUUUCUGUGUGAUUGCAGCGAAUGCCAUCUGGGAUGGGACUGCGA